AUGUUACAUUCUUUAGAACUCUUGAUUCACAAUAAUGCCUGCAAAAACAAGUUCAGUGCCACUUUCCUUUACACAAAUAACAGCAUGGGCUAUACAAGAUUAGAUGAAACGUAUAUGAGCAUGGAAAAUCACUUUCAGAAGUGGGACAAAGAAUAUCACGCGAUGAGGAUAAUCAUCCGAAUUAUCACCAAAGAAUACCAGGCAACACCAAAAUACGGAUCAGUGUGCUUUGUCCACGUGCAUCAGCUUUCGAUGCAGGAAUAUUCGGUUAAGAAUACUAUGGUUUUUGAAGAGAUCCGUGCAGCAUAUUCUCCCACUUGCAAAUCGCGAAUAUUUUGGAAUCAUUAA